AUGGCUGCGAAGAAGGUACCCGGCACUGGCCUGCUCGUGCGCCUGGCCGGCUCGCUCAUCGAUAAGGACUUCUUCCCUCUGCUGCUCGCCGCCGAGCCCGAGAAAUUCGAUGUCUUCCUGCUCGUGGCCGGCGUGGUUGGCGCCAUGUGCGCCGGCCUACCCUUUCCCUUCUUAGGAAUCCUGUUCGGCAAGCUGGUUGACGACCUCAAUUCCUCCUCCUGCGAUGACGCCCCCGAUCCCGCCCGGCUGGAACACGCCGUGCGCCAGAAAGUCGUGCUGGUCGCCAUCGUAGCCGGCUUCAACUUCGCUUUGAUUUAUACCUAUAUGGGAUGUUGGACCCUGUUUGGAGAGCGCCUCGUCCGCCGCCUGCGCACCCGCUAUCUGUCUGCUUUGUUGCGCCAGGAGGCUGCCUUCUUCGACGGCAUGCCUGCCGGUGAGGUCGCCUCGCGCCUGGAUACCGACCUGCAGACCAUCCAGGCCGGCGUGUCCGAGAAGGUCGGCAUCUACAUUGCCAGCUUGUCCUAUUUCUUGGCCGCUUAUGGCGUAGCCUUUAUCAUGGAUGCCCGCCUCGCCAUCAUUCUGUUUUCUUUGGUGCCGACAUAUUGGGCCAUGACGAAAUUAGGUGGCUACUUCACUGCCAAGUACUCCAAGCAAGUGCAAGAGGCCGUUGCUGAAGCCAAGUCUCGUCUGGAGGGGAUUUUUGCUGGCCAUUUGCUGAAGGUGCAGCCCGCUGCUAUUGGCCAAUUCAUUACCGCCGCCCUUCAGCUGGGCGGUUUGUACUUGAUUGCAUACACUGCCAAUGCCGUGGCUAUCUGGCAAGGUAGCCAGCAGAUUGCAGAUGCAAUUGUUGACCAGACCGACUUCACCGUCGGCCGCGUGUAUACGUGUAUUCUGGUUCUGGUUGAUGCAUCUUUUAUCCUCACUCAGGUCGCUCCUUUCCUGCAGAUUUUCUCUGGAGCAGCUGUGUCUUCGAAGAAGCUCUUCGAGACUGUCGACCGCGAGUCUAAGAUUGACGGCACCUCCGACUUCCACGGCCAAAUUCCGCCGACCUUUGAGGGUGGCUUCGAGCUUCAAGAUGUCCGCUUCCGCUAUCCCUCGCGCCCGGAUGCACAGGUUCUCGAUGGUGUUUCUCUUAGCAUUGAGCCCAAGAAAAUUACCGCUCUUGUGGGUUCCUCCGGCAGCGGCAAGUCUACGCUGGCUUCCCUUCUCCCGCGAAUCUACGAUCUCGAGGACGGUGAAGGCUCCAUUCUCGUCGAUGGCAUGGAUAUCAAGGAGAUCAACACACGGUUCCUGCGCAGUAACAUCGCCAUCGUCGAGCAGAACCCCUCUCUCUUCGACGUCUCCAUUCUCGAGAACAUUGCUUUUGGUCUGAUUGGAUCGCCGCGCCGUGACCACCUCUUUCUGCAGGACACCAUCAGCGACGGCAGCCUGAGCGAGUGCGUUCAAAAGGUCCAGAAGGGAUCCACCUUUGACAUUGCAGCAGACGCCGCAUGUAAGCAGGUCAUCCGCUUGGUGCAGGAAGCUGCGAGUCGCGCCGGUGUCACCGAGUUCGCGAACAACAUGGAACAUGGCCUGGCGACGCAGGUUGGCCCUGGCGGUAGACAGCUUUCUGGUGGCCAGAAGCAGCGUGUAGCUAUUGCCCGUGCCCUGAUCCGCGACGCGCCCGUGCUUGUCCUUGACGAAGCAACAUCUGCCUUGGAUUCGUUCUCCGAGCAGACGAUCCAGAAAUCGCUGGAGGAAACCUGCCAGGGCAAGACCAUCGUUAUCAUUGCACACCGUCUGGCAACUGUCAAGAAUGCGGACAAAAUCAUCGUCAUGGCUAAGGGCAAGGUUGAGGAAGAAGGUGGCUACAAUGAGCUUCUGCAAAGAGACGGCAUCUUUGCUUCACUCGUCAAGAUUCAGGACAUCCAGAAGGAAGAAGACAAGGCCUCCACCCAGCAGCUGAUUGAUGCCGGCGAGAGGGGAGAAUCAUCCGCGGCUGGCAGCAGCGGCUUUUCCGAAAAGAAAAAUGCGGACAUGGGCGAUAUCAGUCUGGACUCUGAUGACGAUGACGAAGACCUUCCGCUACUUGAUUCCCAGGUCAACCCGGAGCUUUCUGUUGUGAAAGACAAGAAAGACGAGCAGCAGCGCUCAUUCAUCUCCACCUUGAUUGCCAUCAUCGGUCUUGCCCGUAGAUGGCGCCUGUACAUCAUUGUCGGCGUCAUCGCAGCUGUUAUCGUUGGCGGCUCUCAUUCGGCUGAAGCUCUAAUUUUCGGUAACAUGAUUUCGCAUAUUAACCCGUGCGAAGAGGAGUCUCUUGUCCGUUGGGGUGGUAUUUUCUUCUCCCGUCUCUUCUUCCUCCUCGCUCUCCUUGAGUUUAGCGCUUCAGUAACGCGCGGCUCUGCCUUCGGUUUCGUUUCCGAGAAAUUGCUGGUCAAGACACGGAUCCUGACUCUACGUUCGCUUCUCCACCAAGAUGUGGCAUGGCACGAAUCCGAGGGCCGCACCCCUGACACUCUGCUCUCGUAUAUCACGACCGAUACUAACAGCUUAAGUGGUAUGACCGGCUCUGUGCUGGGUAUCUCUUUUUCUAUUAUUGUCAGCUUAGUCCUGGGUGUUACCAUCUCCCAUAUCGUCGCCUGGAAGAUCGCUAUUGUCCUUCUAGCCACGGUCCCAAUCCUGCUACUCUCAGGCUACCUGCGUCUCCGCAUGUACGCGCGCUUCCAUGAAAAGCAUGCUAAGGCAUUUAGCACGUCUGUUGGUGUGGCUAAGGAGGCAGUAGACUGUAUUCAGACGGUCGCUGCGUACUCGCUUGAAAACCUAGAGCUUUCCGUGUAUCAGCGCGCUCUGAAGGAGCCAUACGAUGCGACGAUCCAAGGUAUUACUAUCGGAAAUUUCUGGUUGGCCCUGUCGUACAGCAUCAGCAACCUCAUCUACGCGCUAGCAUACUGGUGGGGCGCAAAGAAGACGGCCGAUGGCACCUACACGCAAACGCAGUUCUUCAUCGUCUUGCCGGCCCUCCUGUUCUCGGCUCAGAGCUGUGGUCAGUUCUUCUCGCUCGCGCCUGAUAUCUCCCGCGCUGGUGUCGGUGCCCGACGCAUCCUCGACCUUAUUGAUCGUGCGCCGCUCGACCCGUCCGCGGGCAAGUACCAGGACGCGCAAGGAGGCGACGUCUUCACGUCGUUCGAGGACGAGGAGUAUGACCCCGAAGUCGACGGUGAUGAGACGACCGGGCUUGCGAUGAAGCAGUUCGGCAAGUCUCGACGUAGCCAAAACCAGCAGGGCAUGUCGGUAUCGUUCGAGGACGUGCGAUUCGCAUACCCGUCGCGGCCCAACAUCGAGGCCCUCAAGGGGCUGACGCUGGACAUCAAGGCAAACCAGUUCGCAGCUCUGACAGGCCACUCGGGCUCGGGCAAGUCGACGACACUGGCGCUGCUCGAGCGCUUCUACCGGCCAUCCUCGGGCACGGUUAAGCUCGACGGCCGGGCCCUCACCUCGACCGACCUCUCCUUCCGCGACGACGUCGCCCUCGUGCCGCAGGACUCGUGCCUCUUCGACGGCACCAUCCGCUUCAACAUCGCCCUCGGAGCUCCCCCCGGCGUGCGCGUCUCCGACGCCGACAUCGAGACGGCCUGCCGCGCCGCCAACAUCCACGACACCAUCAUCUCCCUGCCCGAAGGCUACGACACGCGCUGCGGCUCCAAGGGCUCGCAAUUCUCCGGCGGUCAGCGCCAGCGUCUAUCCAUCGCACGCGCGCUGCUGCGUAAGCCCCGUCUGCUCCUGCUCGACGAGCCCACGUCGGCCCUCGACGCCGAGAGCGAGCGCAUCUGGCAGACGACCCUCGACGGCCUCAUGACGGGCGACGUCACCGUCAUCGUCAUCGCUCAUCGUCUUGCCACCAUCAGGAAGGCGGAUGUGAUUUUCUUGAUCGAGGGCGGAACCUGCGUUGACAGGGGCACGCAUGAGGACCUGUUUGCGCGCAGCGAGAGUUAUAAGAACAGCGUGAUGCACCAGACGCUGAGGUAG